GAGUGUUCUACAAGGUGUCGCUUGAAUCCUUGCCUAAAACCACGACAGUAGCCUGUCUGUUGUCCAUAAGUGUUGGUCAGCUUCCACGCUGCAGUGCACUGUUUCAAUCAGUACUGGAAUUUCACCCUCUGUGGAAAUGUGAGAAACUCCUACCUCCUCACAGCUCUUACAAACCCUCAGCAGGAAAAUGUGACAGACUACUGUGAGCCGAGCUCUUCUGCCAAGCCUUUCUCAGCUCUUCUUGAGGCUCCGGGAAAAAGGACUUUCUAUGAACAUUGUGGGCUUCGUGUGGAGGUGAAUCAGUGAUCAGUAACUAAUUUCGGGUUUUGAUGAGGUACUUGAGUCUCGGUGACUUCUGAAAUCCAGAGACAUGUCGUCUUUAAGAAAUGUCUUCCGGCGCAACUGGUCUUGUGAUGAAAAGCUGGAGGGAAAAGUUGUUGUCAUCACCGGAGCAAACACUGGCAUCGGCAAAGAAACUGCCAUUGAUCUGGCAAAGAGAGGGGCAGAAAAGGUGAUCAUAGCAUGCAGGGACAUGGAGAAAGCAAACGCAGCCGUGAAAGACAUCAUCGAAAGCUCAGGCAAUGAACAUGUCGUUUGCAUGAAACUUGAUUUGUCAGACAGCAAGUCUAUACGAGAAUUUGCUGAAGCCAUCAACAAAGACGAGCCAAAGCUGAACAUCCUCAUCAACAAUGCAGGUGUAAUGGCCUGUCCCUUCGGGAAAACAGCUGAUGGUUUUGAGAUGCAAAUCGGUGUCAAUCACCUGGGUCACUUCCUGUUGACAUAUUUGUUGCUUGACCUGAUUAAAAAGUCGGCACCGGCUAGGAUUAUCAAUGUAUCUUCCAUGGCUCACUCCUGGGGCUCCAUAAAUCUAGAGGACCUCAACAGUGAGAAGCAUUACAACCAGAAUAAAGCCUAUGCUCAAAGCAAGCUAGCCAACGUCCUCUUCACCCGAUCACUGGCUAAACGAUUAGAAGGCACAGGCGUGACGACCUAUUCUCUCCAUCCUGGAGUUGUUCAGACUGAGUUAAUUCGUCAUCUGAAUGGUGUCCAGCAAUUCUUCAUGAAGAUGGUCAGUCCUUUUACCAAAAACUCUGUCCAGGGAGCGCAGACAACAAUUUACUGUGCUGUUGACCCAUCAUUAGAGAAGGAGAGUGGCAGAUACUACAGUGACUGUGCUCCUGCUAGCUGUUCUGCGGCUGCCAAAGACGACAACGUGGCGGAGAAGCUGUGGGAGCUGAGCUGCAGUUUGCUCUCUUUAACGUGGGACUGAGACAUUCAGAACUGAAAAUAAAAUCCUGGCAGUA